AACCACUGUUUACAUGGCUAUUUUCUUCUAGGAUUUUUGUCUAUAGAAAGAAAAGGGGUGUGAGUUUACAGCUUAUAAAAGAGAGGGGGAUAAGAGAGAGAGAGUGAGAAAGAGACUCUCACAGCAACCAGUAACCAAUAGCCUUGCCUGAUUUGAUCAUUAACCUUGUUAGCAAAUGCAGCAAGCAGGCAAUUCACGCUGAGACUUGCCAAUGUGAUUAGAAUUGGGAUACUAGAUUGCAGCUAACUUGAAAGGAUUUUUCUUUUUGCUCCAAUUGGAUAGUAACCAAGGAAUCUGUUCUACAUCAGCCUGACCAAAAAUGAAAAUGAGACUACAGAACCUCUUCUACAUCUUUUUUCUCAUAGUAAUGAGUCUUUUACUUAUAAAUGGACAGAGACCAGGAAACUUCACCCAAAGGAGAAAAUUCCAUAGGCAUCUCUGCCCACACAGAAGAUGCCUGCCCCUUCAUUCACGAGUCCCAUUUCCCUAAGGCUUACAUUUUGCUGCCAAAACUGUGAGAAGAUGAAGAUGAAAUGGAGCCAAGUGGUGCUGCCUGGACACAGCUUUAAUUCUUACAGUGACAGGGACUUGGCACGGCUCUCAAUAGCUCCUCUUCAGAGUCUGUUUACUAAGCAGUCACCUUCAGACUGCAACCCACUGACACUAAGCUAUGGCAACCAAAUUAAAACUCCCAAAAGCAAAUAGACUUUAAAAAGAGAGAUUAUAAUUUAUUUACCAAGUACUCCCCGGGAUUGUGAUAUGCAAAUGCCACAUAUAGUUUCUGGAAAGGGACUGUGCUUGCAGUUUAUUAGAUAUUUAAGAGAAAGUAUUAACAUAGCAAUCUUUUAACCAUUAUAGCCUGUAGGACAUGCUGAUACAAAUCACAUGUUUUAAUAAUGGGGGUUAUUUAGAGCCAUUGCCAUUGCUGGGUCUGGCCUGUGAAUAUAUAUUGUUUGUGAUCACUUGACUUUAACGCGUGUAAAGGAACUUCAAUGUAAGUUGACAUCUAUUCAACAUAUAAUGUACAUGGUUGCUUGAUGAAGUAAAACAUAUCUAGAAACAAGACAUUUUCACUACUCUUUGUAUAAAUUACUGUGCUCUCUGGUGUACAUACAAUAUCACACUACUUUUCUCUUAGUAGUUAUA